GUUCGAAUAAUUCUAGAUUCCGUAGCUCUGUUUCAGCGUGGUCGUCCCGUCCACUUUAGGAUCCUUACACGUGUCAGCAUCCUACGACUUUCGCGCACUCCGUUUUGAAUCGCGUCCGCGGCCGUCAUGUUCAAAAAAUUCUCUAAUGAGGAGGUGGCGGGGCAGAACCAGCUCAAGGCGUCGGUACAGCGCAAAAUACGGCAGGCAAUAGCAGAGGAGUACCCGAGUCUAGACCCAGUGUUGGAAGACCUUCUGCCCAAGAAAUCACCCAUCGUGGUCGCCAAAUGCCCGAACCAUGUGAGCAUUGUGGUGAUGAACGGCGUUCCGCUCUUCUUCAACGUGAGGGACGGCCCUUACAUGCCCACACUCCGGCUACUGCACCAGUACCCAGACAUGAUGCGCAAGAUGCAGGUGGAUAGGGGCGCCAUCAAGUUUGUGAUGUCAGGAGCCAACAUCAUGUGCCCUGGCCUCACAUCCAAGGGAGGCAGCAUGGACGACGGCAUUCCUACAGCCUCCCCUGUGGCCAUAUUUGCAGAGGGAAAGGAGAAUGCACUAGCUAUCGGCUACACCAAGAUGUCGUCAGAUGACAUUCGAAAGAUCAACAAGGGCAUUGGUGUCGAUCUCAUGCACUACUUGAAUGAUGGACUCUGGAAGAUGAAAACGCUAGAUUAGAUUCAAUGGCCUAGCAGUACCUACCCACUCCCAUGUAUUCUCUAUAUAGAUUCCAGAGUUGGCCGGAUGCUAAAAGUUUGUGCACAUGUUACGAAACCCCUUGAAUUGAUGUUUCUUAUAGCUCUGACAUAGGCUUUCCUUAGGGUGUGUGUGAGUGAGCGUUAGUUCAGAAGUGAGAGAUAAGUUCACAAUUGGAAGGCAACACGUUGACGCCGCUUGACCCAAGCGUAUGCGUCUAUAGGAGGCAUACUUCACACCUCUGCUCCACCAUUAUUGGUGGAUCCAGAACCUGAUCUCACCCCAACAACCUACAGUAUGCAGUAUGCAAGGCACUUUCCAGCUCAGCCUGCUGUUAGACACCCUACUCCACUUAGAUUUCGCAUUGGGCGUAUUCUUUCGCUAGGUCGCGCUCCCUGAUUUCUGCGAUUUCCCUGUACGGCGUUUGACUGUUUUUUUUUUUGUACCGAAGCGUUUCUCACAGUGCGAGCGAGGCGAUUGAACAUCAGCCGCGUCAUGCGACAUGGGCUCGAAUGCUGAGUCAUCGCCUAGCAAGCUGUCAGACAGAAAGAAAGACGCGCUCGCUCAAGCGGGGAGACGGAAGCUUGAGGAGUUUAGGCAGCGGAAGCGAGCAGCUGUGGCAUGCACAGGGACAGGAGGCAGUGGUAUGCAGCAGCCUCGCGACCGGGUGUGCAGACAAGCAAGCCUUCCUGAGAGAUUAGCUGUGCAUCAGCACAGGACUAGAAAGGAUGGCGGGCCUGCAGAGCAAACAUGUGACGGGUGCUGGAAUGUCGGAGAUAGUGGAGCGCAGGAUAGCAUACUGCUUUCACGAAGCAGUAGUGCUGCUACCAGUGCUAGCAGCAGCAGUUUUGAUCAUGAGGGUUCAUGUGACCUGAGCACUUCUCAAUCAGGCCCUUCAGAAGGCAAAGCAGGUUUUGUUCGCAUUGCUGGAGCAGCCUCCGUCUCAGUGCGAAGGAACGGAUCCAUGCUGGUGUGGCUGCAAGCAUUGGUGGAGUGUUGGCCUCAUAGCGACUUUCAAGUGGCAGGGGAACCUUUGGCGAGCCAUAGGGUAGUGCAACAUGAAUUGCUUAGACGGGAAAGGUGGAACGGGGAGGAUGUUUUGGAGCACAUGGAUACGCUCUGGAGCAACGGUUUGACUUAGAAAAUGUUAUGAUCACCGUGAUUUGCUAUCUUUAUACAUAUUUAUAUAUAGCCU